AUGAAAAAUUAUUUCGCCCCAAAAAUCGUUCCGGGAUUUGAAAAUUUACAUUCGGAUAUUGUAAUUAUACCUGGAUUCAAAGGUUCAAGAUUAUUUAAUACGGUCACCAAAAAUGCCGGAUGGUUAGAAUUACACACCCCAUUUUUACCUUAUAGUAAAGAAAAUAUAGAUUUACCUUUGGAAAUUGAAAAGAAUGAAGAACAUUGUUUAGUACCUGAUGGUAUAUUCGCGAGAGUUUUAUGGAUGAAAUUUUAUGAUACAUUAAUAAAACAUUUAGAAGAUUUAGAAAUAAAAUGGAAUCAAGAUUUACAAAAAUCAUUUGAUGAAGAGAAAACAAAUUCAAAAUCCCCUCUUAGAUUUCAUAAAUUUUCUUAUGAUUGGAGACGAAGUAAUGAAGCGACUCAUUCUAAUGGAGGAUUAAUAACAUUAUCAACUUUACAUCAAGCACCUCAUUUGAUUGCCGGAGCGAUAUUCGCCGGUACCCCUUUUCACGGAGCACCAGGAAUACUUAGAGAUCUUAGAUUUGGUAGCGAUACAUUAUUUAAUAAAAAAAUACAAGACGAUGCUGCAUUUAUAACAUUUAGACCAGUAUUGGGAUUUUUACCUUGGAAUAGGAUUGCUUUUAGAGAUAUUGAUACAAAUGAAGAUGUAUACGUCGAUUAUUUCGAUAUUAAAGAAUGGUUAAAAAAUGAUUGGGUAAAUAUAAUUCAUGAGGAUAAUUUAAGAUAUUUAGAAUUGGGAAGUAAAGAAAAAAGGAUUGAAUAUUUAAAUCGUACUUUGGAAAAUACCAAAGAAUUUCAUGAAACUUUAAAAUUUCGUAAAGAUUUUGACUAUCCACCAUUGGUCACUUUGGCAAGUGGUAAACUUCCAACUAAUGGUGGAUACAUGGUUCAAAGAGAUGAUGAUAAAACAAAAAUUCUGUAUGAAAAUCCAAUUGUGGUUAAUGGUGAUGGAGCCGUUCCAAUAGAAAGUACUAAAUUACCUGAAGGAAUACCACAUAAAACUAUUUUCUCUGAAAGAUCACAUGGCGAAUUAUUAGAAGAUUUAGAAACAGUUGGUGAAGCUUUAUUGUUUUUAUUCUCUAAAAAUAAUUAA